GCCUCAUGCAAUCUGAAAGCUCACUCCAAAAGAUUCUCCAGCAGUCAGAAUCCAACCUGCCCAGCACUCAAUUAUCAUGUCAAUCCUUUUCUCAGCACACUUGCGCAUCCCUCAAGGGCUCAGCUCAGCUGCAACCUGUACGAAAAGCAGAUAGAACUCGAUGACAAUAUUGCUGUUAAUAUGACGUGUUACGAACAAAGAACUCACUGGCUGUUUCAUGAAGAUUUCAGACAUCACCAUAAGUCCCAGCAAGAAGACAACAACAAUUGCCAGUACUGUUUGAUGAUACGAGAACUUGUUAACGUCACAUCGCUGCUUGUCUCUCUUCUGUGACAUGACAGGCCAUGGGGAGUUGCCUGUUGGCUUCUUUAUACCAGGCGGGGAGAGAAGGCACUGGGAGUCUGCAGCAAGAGAUGAAUCCGAACUGCUCAAACGUUGCUUCCAGUGCCUGUGGCUCCAGCGAUUCCACCCAGGGGCUCAAGAUUGGAAGGAAGACGUACUUCGAGGAUUUCUCUGUCUCAUCCUCUUCGUUCCCGGUCGCACUGUCAGCACCUCAGAAGAAGGGGAAGGGGGUGGCGCAGGUGGGGAAACAGCAGCAGCCACCCAGGUGCCAGGUCGAAGGGUGUAGUGUGGAUCUCACCGGGGCCAAGGCGUACCACUGCAGGCACAAGGUGUGUGGGGUGCAUUCCAAGUCCCCCAAGGUGCUGGUGGCAGGGAUGGAGCAGCGAUUCUGUCAGCAGUGCAGCAGGUUCCACCAAUUGCCUGAGUUCGACCAAGGGAAACGCAGUUGCAGGAGACGUCUGGCCUGCCACAACGAGCGGCGAAGGAGGCGACCUCUAUCAGCGCACGUCGCAUGCAUGCCAUCAGUCUUCCAUGCAGAAGGCAACAACAGGUUCAGAGGGUUUCUUGUGGACUUCACUCACCCCAAACUCCCUUCAUUCCUGCAAAAUGCAUGGCAAAUAAAUCAAAGUGGCUUAGGAGUUGCAUCAGCUCCAGGAAUUCCACAUCUUACAGCAGGUUCAGAUUCAAGCCGUGCUCUCUCUCUUCUGUCAGCUCAACCAUGGGGUAGCACACUAGUUGCAGACUACAUGACCAGUUCUCGGGGUUGCAGCACCUCAUUCGAAGUGAGAUUGAAUCAGGUUGGAGAACCUGAUGACGGCCAUUUUGCAGGUGAGAUCGAGCUGGUGCCUCAGGGUAAGAGACAAUGCAUGGGUGUUGAUCCCAGUGUGAGAUGCAGGUUUUCUGAUGAUGCCAUCCACUGGACUCUGUAGUCCCAAUUCUUUUUGGGUGGUGGUCUUUUUCAGCUCUCUAUCAAGCUUCCCAUGGCUGUUCCAGUGUUUUGUUAGCAUGAACUUUCUUCUUUCUUUUCUUUCCUUUUUCUUUUUUUUCCUUGUCAGAUCAAACUAAACCUGAAAUUUUCUGUUAGAUGCAU